AUGACUGUAGACAAGGGUGUCGAAAGCCCGGUCACGUCCGAGGUAGGCAAUGAGGAAGCCGGUGUUCAACAUGUCUUUAUAGAGAAGGAGAUAUCAAUCGAUCCCGAGGACGAAAGGAAACUACUUUGGAAGAUUGACCUUCGUGUGAUGCCUCUCCUCUUCUUCAUGUAUUUCUUCAAUUCCCUGGAUCGGAAUAACUUGGGAGCAGCCAAAACCGAUGGCAUUGACACAGACCUGGGAUUUUCCAAGUAUCAGUACAACACCUUGGUCUCGGUUUUUUACAUCCCUUAUUGCGCAUUGACAGUUCCGGCCAACAUCCUGACCCGUAAGCUCUCUGCACGAUGGACUCUGCCAUCCUACCUCCUCUUCUGGGGUGCCACCGUCAUCCUGUCUCCCGCAUGCCACAACUUUGGCGGACUUGCUGCCCUUCGAAUUCUCCUAGGAGUGGCCGAGGCCGGAUUUGGUGUUGGCGGAGUUUUCUACCUCACCCAGUUCUACAAGCGUGAUGAGCUGGCCAAGAGAAUCGCGCUCUUCUACGGCAGUCAAACCGUUUCAGGCGCCUUCUCUGGCUUGAUUGCCUUUGUUGUCUUCCAAAUCAAGGGCAGCCUGUAUGGAUGGCAAUACCUCUACCUGGUUGAGGGAGCUCUGACUAUUUUGAUUGGCGCCAUUGCUCUAGAUUGGAAACUCUGGGUUUGGGUCUUCAUCGCCUUCUGCUUUGGCGUCACCAACUCUUCUGUCGGAAGUUUCACUCCGCUGAUCGUUGCCAAGCUGGGAUACAAUGCUGUCAAAACCAACUUGUACACUGUUGCCCCUUACUUGGUUUCGGCUGUCAUUCUUUUUCCGACAGCUGUCAGUUCAGAUCAUUUCCGUGAACGCACAUACCAUCUCAUCUCUGCCUUCACCAUGUCUUGUGUUGGCUUUAUCACCAUCGCAUCUAUUGAUGUGGAGAGGAACAUCGGCGUCGCCUAUUUUGCAGUCUUCCUCAUCGUAGGCGGUUGCUUCACACAAUCUAUCAUCUUCCAUUCCUGGCAUCAGAACAACGUGCUAUCCGAAAACAGAGGAGCUUUCAACAUUGUCUUCAUCACAUUCUUCGGCAACGCCGCUGGUCUUGUCUCAAGCAACGUCUUUACUCCGGAUAGCGCCCCCAAGUAUAUUCCAGCUCUUGUCACCAACUACCCCUUCCUUGCUGCUGCCAUUUUGGCCACCCUUUCUAUGAGACUCUGGAUGCAGCGUCAAAACGCUCUGCGAAACAAGGCCAAAGGUGUCAAGUGGACAAGUGCAGAUGUGUUAACGCAUCUGUUGAUUGCUAGUUCGACUGAGAACCCUCAUCAAAACCCCAACUUCCGCUUCGUUAUUCAGACGGGAAAGGCCUAA